AUGGCUAUGGUCGAGGGUUUCCAGGAGGCGUCAGUUGACACGUGGCUGGAUGUGAUCCCGCAGCUUAUUGCGCGUAUCGAUACGCCGAACCCGAAGACCAGCGAACUGCUGCAUGACCUACUCUCUCGAAUUGGACAAGCCCAUCCUCAGGCUUUGAUUUAUCCCAUUACGGAAUCCUUGCUGCUGUACGUCGACAUAGCUCCCAGCUCGUGUACGAAGCUGACAUGGUGUCGCGUGAGCUCAUUCGCGUGGCUAUUCUGUGGAACGAACUGUGGCAUGGCGCUCUCGAGGAAGCGUCGAAGCAUUUCUUCAACAAUCGUGAUGUGA